AUGGCCAUGGGCAACAGCAGUGCAAGCGGCCUCGGUGCCUCUUCCUCGGCAAAACUGUCCAAGACUGCCGCGACUUCAUCUGCCACCGUGGCGCAAGUUCUUGAGGUUGCUCGAGAGAGCCCAGAUGGCGCCUCAGAUUCCACAAUCAGCGGUAUCCUCGAGACGGCCCUGGGAACAGACUUGGUCCAAAAUCACGGCACAACCAAUAGCACUGCAGAUGUUGGUGCUGCUCCAGACUUCGGCUUGGCGACACCCUCCCUAUCCCCGCUCCUCCGUCGGGCGACAGCCGCAGAGUUCUCUGUGCCUGCAAACAUGAGCCCAUUCCACUGCAUCGUUACGAGCGCCCUCAUACUUGCAACCCAACCUCGCUGUCCAGGCCAAUCGGGUCGAAACAAUCUCAGCUCUUGGCGGUCAUACGCUGCAACACCGGAGCAUCCACUCCUCGACCACGCUCACAAGGGCACAGUUUGCGCCCGGGCGCAAUGUUCGACCGACACAGCGGUUGGCUACCAUGUCUCAUCUGCUGCCGACCCCGUGGGUCAAUGGAAGACUGUCAGCGAGCGCCGUUUCGACCAAUGUGUUCGUCAGAAUCCCCCCACGCCCCGACAAGGCGAUGUACAAAUCCCUGGCACUGCCAGCAUGGGUGCUCGUGGCUCUUCGUCUUUUUAG